AUGCCCGGCCACCUGCAAGAAGGCUUCGGCUGCGUGGUUACUAACCGCUUCGACCAGUUACCGGACGACGAGUCGGACCCGUCCGAGAUUCUGAAAGCUGCCGAAAACAAGAAAAAAGAGGGGGCCGCUGCUGGCUCCGCUAAGAGCGCUGCCCAAGCCGCCAAGCAACCCAAGAGGGAGUCGCAGAAGGACAGGAAGAACCCGCUCGUGGACAAAAAGGAGGAGUCGCAGCCUCCGGUUCCCCUAAAAAAAGAAGGCAUCCGGCGAGUGGGUCGAAGGCCGGAGCAGCAGCAGCAGCAGCAGCAAGGCCAUCAGGGCUCCCAGCAUCAGGGGGCCCAAGGGGAUGGACGACCCAUAGACAAGAGGCCAGACCGCCGACCUCCUCGCGAGCGACGCUUUGAGAAGCCCGCCGAGGAAAAGCCUGAGGGAGGAGUCGGCGGCGGUGGCGACUUUUCUGCAGACAAGCCUUCAGGAGAGCGGCCCCCGAGGGGGCGAGGAGGCGGCCGCGGUGGGCGCGGUGGACGAGGGCGAGGCAUGGGCCGAGGAGAAGGCUUUGAAUCCCGUGGCAAGCGAGACUUUGACAGACACAGCAGCACUGAAAAAACGAACCAGAAAAGCGAGGAAAAGCGUAGCAGCAGCAGCUCACACAAUUGGGGAAAUGUGAAGGAAGAAACCAGUGUAACUGAACCAACUCCUGCUGCUGAGACGACUCCAGAGGGAGAAGAACAGGCACCUGCUGGCUCUGAGAACAAGGAGAACGAAGUGGAAGAAGUCAAACCCGAAGGUCCACGAGAGAUGACACUAGAUGAGUGGAAGGCCAUGCAAGACAAAGAGCGCACCAAGGUGGAAUUCAACAUCCGCAAGCCCAACGAGGGAGCGGACAGUCAGUGGAAAAAAGGAUACGUUCUGCACAAGUCCAAGAGUGAAGAUGGCACUCCGGACGAAUCUUCCGACCACCACUUUCGCAAACCGGCCAAUGAUAUCACAUCUCAGCUAGAGAUUAACUUCGGAGACCUAGGCCGCCCCGGUCGCGGACGCGGGGGCCCUCGCGGGGGCAGGGGAGGCCGCGGCGGGGGAGGCGGCAGACCGGCGCGUGGUGGAGGACGCUCUGAAAAGGCAAGCGGCGUGUCUGUUCCCAACGUGGAUGACCCCGAGGCCUUCCCCGCCCUGGCUUGA